AUGACUUCGAUAUCCCCUCUUAGCUCUUUGGCUACGUUCACGAGCCCUCAUGCGAGCUCUUCAAAGCGUCCUCAACCUCAUGUGACGCUCUCUCCCGUUGUUGGCGCGGCAGACAAAGCUGUGGCGGUCGUGCAAGGUGAUGGUAUAUGGACGUAUGAUCUAUCGACGCUUCGACCCAUCACAAGCUUCACAGUCUCACCUAGCACUAUAUUCUCCACCAGAGCUCUCAGUUAUAUGCCUAUGAGUAAAGGAAAGGAGAAGCAGAAAGAUGGAGACCCGCAGAUGCACCAACUGGAUCGACGGAGAAUCAUCCUGGUCGGAGUACAGACAGGAGAAAACGUUGCCAAGGAUGUCGAAGGGAACACAUUGUGGGCAUGGAGAGGGGAGGAUGGAAGCGAGCACCAGAAAAUCACCUUAUCCCAUAGUACACACUCCCUCCAUCACUUGGCCGCCCCUGUAUGCUCCGUGUUGGUGGUCGGUUCCAAAGGCGAGAUGACUCUCCUUGACGAUUCCUUCAACACAUACUCAGUGGUUGAGGGCACAUACAAACGUCCAUCUCAACAUAUACUCGCUGCCCGCGUUUUAUCUUGCACCAGUAGAAGCGCCAAAGUGGUUUUAGUCGAUUCAAACGGUCACUUUGUCCACAUGCAAGUCAUCUAUGAAAACUUAGACAUAAUCACGACUUCGGUGAACAAUGAAGGUAGGUUACCGUUAGGUGAUGUAUCAAUUUUAGAUUGUGCGGAUAUUAGCGGAGAAGGUGUGAUCACUGGAAUCAGUAAGUCCUCCGUCCCGAGCUUGCCAGUCAACAAUAAAUCAUAUCCAACCCUCAUACAUCCUCCUUCUCCAGCCACAAUCCUAUCCAUACCUCCGCUUAGCGGUAGACCUUUGAUUCUACUCCCCUCCGCUACUCCUCAGCCCAAACUAUUGCUCGUCACUCCAUCUCUCACCCUUCCCGCAGUGGUCAAAGAUGCGGAUCUUUCCACUUUUUUCACAUCGGGUAGUAUCACUUCUCUCUCCGUUAUAUCCCAAGUCAGCGGCAAUAUCUUCGUAGUAGGUAUGGUCGUCCUUCACCAUGAUUCAGAAGGCACUGAAGGCCGUUCUGUGCUUUACACAUGUGAACUCACUCUACCCGCUCACGGAGUGGGCAUCAAUACAUUGCUCGGUUCCCAAGCUCGGACCAAGCUAUACAUCCGCUCGACUAUCAAGACACAACAAGACCUGAACGGACAAGAAGCCAGCUUGAUCCAAACAUUGAAACACGCACUCUCACAUGGAAACGUGGCCGAUGCAGAGAAUUUGUGGAAGGAAUGGAUUGAUAAAGAAGACGAGAAAGCUGGGAAGAUCAGCGGAAAGGUCAAUCUCAGAGAGGUUUUCGUUAAGAAAUUGCUUCACGUUCUCUUUGAAGCCGCCUUGCCUGACUCAAUAGAAUCUGCAGGCGAGAUGAACGCAGAAGCGAAGACAAAUAGGUAUGCUGGAGAAAUCAUCAAAAGUCUUAUCAGUCGUAAGGGGGUGAAUGACGAUAUGUGGGAAGGAGGUUUGGUCAUGGGUGCACUAGUCCCAUUGAAAGAUUGGGACAAUAUCCGCCGAGCUGUCAAAUACUUCCCAUCACUUUCUCCAUCUGUUUUAGUGUCCCUACUCCAACUAUGUACCUCGCAGACCUCUCGCGCCCCACCAGUUAAAAACCUUCUCUUCGAUAUUCUUUCCCUUCCGGCUCCUAGUCCACAAUACAAAACUGAGCUGCGUCGAGGUCUCAACGUAGAUGAAGCUGCUGUCAUUUUACAACAUCUGGUACAAUGGGCAGAGUUACAUGUGGAACAUAUCAGCGAAAGCUUCGAAUGGGAUCUCGAUUCUUCCAAACCCCCUAGUCUCCAAUCUCCACCAGGUAUCCCAUCUCUCGACUCGAUAGCUAUACAUUCUUCCGUCUUGCUCGACGCUCAUUUACCUUCCCUCUCAUCGCAUGAACCAUCUCAAGAGCUUUUAGAAAGACUUCAAGGAGCACUUCAACCCCUCUUGGAGCUUCAAGAAGACCUCAUAAAGCUCCGAGCUCCUGUCGAAGCUUUGUUAACUCUCGCUAGAAGAGAGGAAAAGUGGGCUCGGGCAAGGGAGCAGAAACGGAUGGGUAAGAGGGAAGGACAGACGAGGGUUCAAGGAGUGUUGAGUGAGAUGGUGGGGAAAUGGAGGGUAGAGGAUUUCGUAUUUUGA